AUUCAUAGAGCACAUAACUUUAAAUCCGUCACUCAAACUCACACUCGCAUCACCCCUCUCUCUCUCUCUCUCCAAGCCACUUUAUCUUUUUUUCCUGCUUUUUCUUGACAGUCUUUACCCCCCACAAUAGCUUACUUAAAUCUUGUUUUUCUUCAUCUCGAUCAUUGGUUUGCUCAUACUCCCCCACCAGUCUGAUCGAGCAGGCAAAGGCCCAGCCUUUGCAUUUUUUGGCUGAUUUCUUGAAGACCCUUUUGCAGUUUGAGCGAAAAGUCCAGGCCGGGAAGAGUGGUGGGUGGAAAUGACGGCCCCUAAACCUGAAGAUAUCAGUUACCUUCCCAUGGACCAACUUCAGGGUUUAGAGUACUGCAUUGAUUCCAAUCCUUGUUGGGGGGAAGCAAUAGCCCUGGGAUUUCAGCAUUAUAUCAUGGCAUUAGGCACUGCAGUGAUGAUUCCAUCAUUUCUAGUUCCUAUGAUGGGUGGAGAUCAUGGUGACACAGUGAGGGUGGUGCAAACUCUACUUUUUGUGCAAGGGAUUAAUACGAUUCUCCAAACAUUGUUCGGAACAAGAUUACCUACUGUUAUGGGCGGAUCAUGGGCAUUUUCGGUUCCCAUUAUUUCCAUCAUUCGUGAUUCUUCCUUCACCACCAUUGCUGAACCUCAUGAAAGAUUCCUCAACACGAUGCGGGCAAUACAGGGUGCACUUAUAGUAGCUUCUAGUGUGCAGAUUAUAUUGGGGUAUAGUCAGCUUUGGGCUAUUUUUUCAAGGUUUUUCAGUCCACUUGGAAUGGUCCCAGUUGUUGCAUUGCUGGGGUUUGGACUGUUCGAUAAAGGAUUUCCAGUGGUUGGGCAAUGUGUUGAAAUUGGUGUUCCUAUGUUCAUCUUGUUUGUUGCCUUCUCUCAGUACUUGAAGAACUUUCAGUUCAGGAAACAUCCAGUAUUGGAACGUUUUGCUCUAAUUAUAUCAGUGUCAAUGAUUUGGGCUUACGCACACCUCCUCACUGCCGGUGGCGCUUAUAAGCACCGUCCAGUGGCAACUCAGCUUCACUGUCGCACCGACCGAGCCUACCUCAUUUCUUCCGCCCCAUGGAUUAAAAUUCCAUUUCCACUUCAGUGGGGUGCCCCUACUUUCGAUGCUGGUCAUACUUUUGGAAUGAUGGCUGCUGUGUUUGUUUCCUUGAUUGAGUCAACUGGAGCUUAUAAAGCGGCAUCUCGUCUGGCAAGUGCUACACCACCUCCAGCUCAUGUUCUUAGUCGUGGUAUUGGUUGGCAGGGGAUUGGGAUCCUGUUGAGUGGACUUUUUGGGACAGUUACUGGAUCAUCAGUUUCAGUAGAAAAUGUGGGUCUUCUUGGAAGCACUCGUGUUGGUAGCCGCAGAGUUAUUCAAAUCUCAGCAGGCUUCAUGAUCUUCUUCUCCAUGUUAGGGAAAUUUGGAGCCUUGUUUGCAUCAAUACCAUUUACAAUAUUUGCAGCUGUAUAUUGUGUGAUGUUUGGCCUUGUGGCUUCAGUGGGGCUGUCAUUCUUGCAAUUCACAAACAUGAAUUCGAUGAGAAACCUCUUCAUUGUGGGUGUUUCGCUCUUCCUGGGCUUGUCCAUUCCCCAGUAUUUCAGGGAAUACACUGCCACCGCUGAUCAUGGCCCUGCACACACCAACGCCGGAUGGUUCAACGAUCUCCUCAACACAGUGUUCAUGUCGUCCCCCACAGUGGCACUGAUGGUGUCGGUGUUUCUGGACAACACACUUGACUACAAAGACAGUGCUAGAGACAGGGGGAUGCCUUGGUGGGCAAAGUUCAGAGCAUUCAAAGGGGAUAGCAGGAACGAGGAGUUCUACACCCUCCCUUUCAACCUCAACCGCUUUUUCCCACCGUCCUGAUCAUCCAUCCCACAUUUUUCAUGACACAGAACCAACUUUCUGAAAAGCAUAGUGUAUUUAUGAUUGGUUGAUCCCGUUGAAGAAAAGGAAAUGUGCUGUUCUUUAGUAGCUGAUCUUCUUCUUCAAGAUGGAAAAUUCGAUGUAUAAUUUACAUUAAUUGAUUCUUAAUGAGUGAAUGGAAAGGCAUUUUCAGCCUUCUCCGUUCCCUAGUUUUUUUCUUUUAGACCAUUUUCAUUUUCACCCUAUAUUUCUUUUUUGGUAAGCAACCUAUAUUUUUUAGGAAAAUUGUCAAAUAGGUACUCGAACUUUCAUAAAAAAAGUCAAUUAAGUCCUUCUAUAGGAGACUCUGUCCGGUCGUCGCGAUUUGGGUCGGUUCCCGGUGGAAUUUUUUCAUGAAAUUUUUUAAGCAUCUUAUUCAUCAAGUCUAGUUUACUCAUACCAAAUUUCAGCUAAAAAUUCAAUUGAGAACACAUUCAAAUUAAUUCUUGAAGAUAACUGCGCAUUUUUGCGUUCUCGAAUUAAUUUGAAUGCGCUCCCGAUUAAUUUUUUAGCUGAAAUUUGGUAUGAGUAAACUAGACUUGAUGAAUAAGAUGCUCGAAAAAAUUCAUCAAAAAAUUCCACCGGGAACUGCCCCAAAUCGCGACGGCCGGACAGAAUCUCCUAUAGAAGGACUUAAUUGACCUUUUUAUGAAAGUUCGAGGACCUAUUUGACAGUUUUCCCUAUUUUUUAUAACCUUAAAAGAUAAUUACAUAUUUAUGAUUAUAACUUAUAAUUUAUAUUCAGUUUUUAUACUUUCACAUUUGUAUUUUAUGAAAUAAUUAAUAAUCUUUAAUAACAGUUUAAUCAUCAAACCCGUCUCAAACCCGUCUCCUUUCUAUCUUCCCUUUUCUUCAUUUUCAUUUCUUUAUUUAUCAUUGUACUUAACUCUCUUCAUGCUCUUUCUCUUCAUUUAUUUAGAUGCCAAUCACAUUAAUCUCACAACUAACUUUUGU